GCGAAGCUGUUCUCCAGAAGUUUCCAGAGUUGCGCAAUGAAAUCUCGCUUGACACUCAGAAAAGAAAAGACAAGUUGUUCUGUGCCUUCGGACAGCUUUACUACAACUUUUCUUCGGAUUUCUUCCAAUAGAAUUACAGAAGAACUGUCUCUCGUUUGUUACCUAGCAAUAGCAUACAACUGUCUGUAGCGUAGUAUGUUUGUGCCUCGGUGGAUGUAAGAUCCAGCGUCUAGAUCACUGAGUUCUGUGUAUGCGUAUCGGAUGUAUGCGGCUAGAUCACUGAGUUCUGUGUAUGCGUAUCGGAUGUAUGCGCCUAGAACACCGUGUUGUGUGUGUCAGUAGGGACUAGUGGAACACAUCUGGAGAGGAAACAGUGCACUAAAAAGCUUGCUGGUAGCAUAUUUCACAUUUUUUUUAAAUAAAAUUGAGGCGGGGGGAUUGUCAGGACUCAGGACAGAAAGUAAGUAGGAUGAUGAGGGAGGGAGGUGGAGGUGGUUGUCUGGGACUCCCAGGGAUGUUACGAGUUUUCUUGUUGGGGACUUGUGCUCUUACGGUCCUGAGCUCUGCAGGCUUGGUGUUCCUUCUGGUGCAACACAUGCACCUGUCAGCCCACCUUGCCCGGUUGGAUCUACAGCUCCAGGUGCUCUCAGAGACUUCUGGCGCCGUGCUGCAUCAUUCUGCAGCAGUAUCCCUCCGGGCCAGCGGGGACCCUGGAGAGGAAGCUUCCCACAGGACCAGCAUGGACCCCGGAGAGGAAGCUUCCCACAGGACCAGCAUGGACCCCGGAGAGGAAGCUUCCCACAGGACCAGCAUGGACCCCGGAGAGGAAGCUUCCCACAGGACCAGCAGGGACCCUGGAGAGGAGACUGAAAGGUUGCAGGUGCUCUCAGAUGAAUCUGGGUUGCAGACAUCACCCCACAGGACGAGCAGUGAAGACCCAGGCAGAGAGGAGGCAGAAAGGGAGCUGCAGCAUGGCCGACCCCGCAAUAAGAGGAGCCAGGCUGGGAAACGCCAGACUAAGCGACAGCAGAAACGUGACGACAGGGACAUGAUGAUAAUGAUGACAUACUCUAUGGUCCCGAUCAAGGUCCUGUUGGAACUAUGUAACAGCACAAAAGACAUGUGUUUAACAGGCUCACCAGGACCUCCAGGCACUCCAGGUGUGGAUGGGAGGCCAGGAGUCAAUGCUACAGAAGGCAUAUCAGGACCACCUGGACCUGCAGGGAGACGAGGGAAAAAAGGUCCCCCUGGAGAGAGAGGGGAGCCUGGGGUGAAAGGAGACGUGGGAGACCCUGGACCUCCAGGAUUGAAGGACGAGACCUCCAAUGACAUCUUCAUAGAGGGGCCUCCGGGUCCAAGGGGCCCUCCUGGCCCUGCCGGUCCCCCUGGUCUACCUGGCCCCCCAGCGACCUUAGAGGACCCAGAACCCUCUAGAAAUAGGACCAUGAGAGCACAGUUGUUAGAGAACACCUGUUUCCAUCAAGACAACAUGUCUGACUCUCUGGGUACAGAGAAUGCAGCCACAAGCAGUGACACCUUAAAUGUAACCAACGCAGAGACUGUUAAUACAACCAUCAGGGCACACAUCCAUCAAGCCAACAUGUCUUCGGAGUCAGCGAAUCUAGCUGCAAGUAAUGACACGUUGAAUGUAACUGACACCGAGAACGAGGAAUUAAAUAACCGACAAAUGACAUACACCGAGAUAGUGGAAGAAGGACAUUUGAAUGUAACCGAGACCAAGAUUGUGGAAGAAGGACAUUUGAAUGUAACCGAGACCAAGAUAGUGGAAGAAGGACAUUUGAAUGUAACCGAGACCAAGAUAGUGGAAGAAGGACAUUUGAAUGUAACCGAGACCAAGAUAGUGGAAGAAGGACAUUUGAAUGUAACCGAGACCAAGAUAGUGGAAGAAGGACAUUUGAAUGUAACCGAGACCAAGAUAGUGGAAGAAGGACAUUUGAAUGUAACCGAGACCGAGAUAGUGGAAGAAGGACAUUUGAAUGUAACCGAGACCGAGAUAGUGGAAGAAGGACAUUUGAAUGUAACCGAGACCGAGAUAGUGGAAGACGGACAUUUGAAUGUAACCGAGACUGAGAUAGUGGAAGACGGACAUUUGAAUGUAACCGAGACCGAGAUAGUGGAAGAAGGACAUUUGAAUGUAACCGAGACCGAGAUAGUGGAAGAAGGACAUUUGAAUGUAACCGAGACCGAGAUAGUGGAAGACGGACAUUUGAAUGUAACCGAGACUGAGAUAGUGGAAGAAGGACAUUUGAAUGUAACCGAGACUGAGAUAGUGGAAGAAGGACAUUUGAAUGUAACCGAGACCGAGAUAGUGGAAGACGGACAUUUCAACGUAACCGAGAUAGUGGAAGACGGACAUUUGAAUGUAACUGAGAUAGUGGAAGACGGACAUUUGAAUGUAACCGAGACCGAGAUAGUGGAAGAUGGACAUUUGAAUGUAACCGAGACCGAGAUAGUGGAAGAAGGACAUUUGAAUGUAACCGAGACCGAGAUAGUGGAAGAAGGACAUUUGAAUGUAACCGAGACUGAGAUAGUGGAAGACGGACAUUUCAACGUAACCGAGACCGAGAUAGUGGAAGGCGGACAUUUCAAAGUAACCGAGACCGAGAUAGUGGAAGGCGGACAUUUCAACGUAACCGAGACCGAGAUAGUGGAAGGCGGACAUUUCAACGUAACCGAGACCGAGAUAGUGGAAGGCGGACAUUUCAACUUAACCGAGACCGAGAUUGUGGAAGAAGCAGCAUUUAGGAAAACUGAAUACAUUAUCAAAACCAUAACGUGCUUUCCAAACGUCACUAAAAUGGAAACCACAUUUGGAGUUUGGAUGCAAGAUGCAGCCCGGGUGAACGAUAACCACAUUUGGAUGGCUGAACACUUUUCAGGUCGAGUCUUGCAGGAGUACAAGAGCAUUGCAUCAUUUCCUAACAGCAGGUCUAUUGACAUGAGGAAGUUCUACCAGGGUUGUGGCCACAUCAUCUACAAUGGGUCUGUUUACUAUCAUAAUGCAGGAACCUCGAAAGUUGUCAAGGAUAACCUGAAGACCAGGAGAUUACAGACACUGGCCAUUGAGAAUGCUCUUUACCACAAUCGAACCUAUCUCUUCCACAACUCCAAGACGUACUUUAAGUUUGCUGUGGACGAGAACGGACUGUGGCUCAUAUAUGCUUCAGCUAUCAGUGGAACCGUGAUGGUGGCCAAGUUAAACCAUAAGAGGUUUUCUGUGUUGUCUGUGGUUAGCACGUCCUAUCCUGUACCGAGUGCUGGGAAUGCCUUUGUUGCAUGUGGAGUUCUGUAUCUGACUGACACCAAAGACACAAAAGUCACACAUGCUUUUGACUUAAUGAAAGAGAAAGCUUUCAAUGCAAGUUUGGAUCUCAGAUCAGCCAAUGGUAUAAUGGCCAUGUUGUCAUAUUAUCCCGAAAAUCAACUUUUGUACAUGUGGGACAACAGCUAUGUGAAAAUAUGCAAGGCUUAUUUUACUUUGGAUCAACAACAAAAAAGUCUAGUCAAAUGUUAUGGUCGUAAAUAAAUCUUAUGAUCGUAAAUAAAUCUUAUGACAGUAGGAGACAUUCUGCCUAGGAGAA